CAAACACUCUUCCCGCCCACGAAAACACGAAACAACAGCCCACCAUGUCGCUGGACGAGAGGCUGUCCAAGAUUCGGGACUCCCCGAAGCUCCAGAGCGUGCAGCAGACAGCAGUGGUGCUCUCCGCAAUCGAAGACACGCUCCGGGGCCAGAAAUCCGAAUUCACACCCACAGCCUACUUCGCCGCACUCCUCUCCCUCCUAGCACACCAGGUCUCGGCCUCAGGAAUCAGCAACAAGGACACCGCGACCGCCGUCAUCUACCUCCUCGACCUCGUCACGCCGCACGUCCCCGCGCCCCUCCUGCGCUCCAAAUUCACAGAGAUCCUCACGCACCUCGCGCCGGCGCUCGUGCACCCAGAAGCCGAGGCGCCGCUGCUCAGGUCGUCGAUAGGCACGCUCGAGUCGCUGCUCGUGGUGCAGGAUUCCAAGGCGUGGGAGCUCCCUCAGACGGAGAUUAGCCCGCGACGAGCGGUCGCGGGGCUGUUGACUAUCGCGGUUGACCACAGGCCGAAGGUCAGGAAGAGGGCGCAGGAUGCGUUGUCGAAGGUUCUCAACAAUCCGCCGCCGAGCCCGUCGCUGGACCACCCGGCGGCGGAUAUGUGUGCGGAGACGGCGCUGCGGAUGCUGAAGGAUAUCGCUGAGGCGGCGGGCAAGGCGAAGAAGCAGAAGGGGGGUCACCACGGGAAGGACGCGCAGAACAGGGAUCCGGAUCUCAUUCACGCGCUGCAGUUGAUUAAGACGGUGGCUACGGCUGCGGGCGGGUGGCCGAGCAGGAAGAUCGAUAUCCUGUGUGAAUUGCUGCUGCAUAUUUCGAGGUCGAGUAAUGAGUAUUUGACUAUGGCGGCGUUUGAGAUUUUCGAGGUUAUUUUCUCCGGGAUGGUGGACGAGGUUUCGUCGGCGAAGUUGCCGAGGCUGCUCGAGGCGAUUUCUGAGUUGCAGCCGUCGAAGAACGAUUCCCAGUUGCUGCCCCCGUGGAUCGCGGUCAUUUCGAGGGGUUAUGAGGUUUCGGCGCAGGUCGAGCCGGAGGAUACGUUCGCGAAGGUUCCGGAGCUGUUUGCGCUUGUGUCUGGGUUUUUGACGAGCUCUUCGCAUAACAUUCGCAUCUCUGCGUCAGAGUGCUUGAUUUCGUUCAUUGUGAACCUCGUCCCUGACAGUGUCAUCCUCGAGCCAUCAAUCUACGACGAGAAGAUCCUGGAGAAGAUCGCAAAGGCCGCGGCGGAUCUGCUGAGCGUGAAGUACCAGGCGGCGUGGAUGGAGGUGUUCAAUGUCCUCAGCGCGAUGUUCGAUGCCCUCCGAUGGCGCUCCGACCCUAUUCUCAAGCCCGUCGUCCGCAUCGUCGGCGAGCUCAGGAGCAACGAUUCGUUCGCCGGCAAGAAGGAGGCGGACGCCGUCCUAUCGAGUGCCAUCGGCGCCAUGGGCCCAGACGUCGUGCUCGACGUCCUCCCACUCAAUCUCCCCCGUCCCCCGCCCGGCCAGGCUGGAAGAGUGUGGCUCCUCCCGCUGCUCCGCGAUGCCGUGCACAACACGAAGUUGGCCCAUUUCCGACAGGUCAUGGUGCCGCUGAGCGAGGAGCUCUACCAGCGCGUCGUCGACCACGGAAAGAAGGAGAAGACAAUGGAUAUCAAGGUGUUCGAGACCGUCGUCCAGCAGAUCUGGUCCAUCCUCCCGGGUUACUGCGACCUCCCGCUCGAUCUCGUGGACGCUUUCGACCAGAGCUUCGCCGAGAUGCUGGCGAAUUUGCUCUACGGACAGGCUGAUCUCCGCACGGAUGUCUGCAGGGCGCUGCAGAACCUCGUCGAUGCUAACAAGGCGAUUGUCGACUUGGAGGGGAAUGAGGAUUUGGUGGUCCAGGCGAGGGUGUCGAAGGCGGAUGCGCAGAAGAAUUUGGAGCAUUUGGCGGGAUACGCGAGUAACAUGCUUGCGGUUUUGUUCAAUGUUUACAGCCAGACGCUGCCGCAGUAUAGGGGUACGAUCCUCAAGACCAUCAACGCUUUCUUGAGCAUCAUCCCCGAGAAGGAAUUGAUGGACACGUUCGAGCGCGUGGCUUCGAACCUGGAGUCCUCGCUCGCUGAAGCCGGGCCCCAGACACAGGCCGACAAGCAGAAGCAGGGCAAAUCGCAGGACAAGAUGCCCCCGAUGAGCCACACGCUCAUGGAUCUCGUCAUCACCAUUGCUCUCUAUCUCCCCCGCGAGAGCUACCCCGCGCUGUUCACCAUGGCCAACACGCUCAUCAAUAAGGACGACGACUCGCAGUUGCAGAAGAAGGCGUACAAGCUCAUCCCCCGUCUCGCCGAGUCGGACAUCGGCAAGGAGGCGCUGAGAGAGCGCAGUGGAGAGCUGCAGGCGCUUCUCUUGAACAGUGCGGAGAAGACGUCUUCGCCUGCACGGAGGGACCGUCUCGCUGCCAUCUCUCAGAUCCUCGAGUACCUCCCUGAGACCGACCUGCACUUCAUCCCAGCCAUCCUCUCCGAGGUGGUCAUCUCGGCGAAGGAGGUCAACGAGAAGGCACGAGAAGCCGCCUACGAUCUCCUGGUCGCCAUGGGAGAGAAGAUGUCUGAAGGCGGCACGGUCGUGCAAAGCAAGGUCCCCAACAUGCCGUCCGACGCCCCCAGCGUCGAAGCAAGCCUGGAGGAGUACUUCACCAUGGUGUCCGCCGGUCUCGCCGGAUCCACCCCACAUAUGAUCUCCGCCUCCAUCACCGCCGUCACGCGCAUCCUGUUCGAGUUCCACGCGCGGAUCUCGAAAGAAACGACGACUAACCUCCUCGAACUCAUGGACAUGUUCCUGCAGAAUCCGAACCGCGAGAUCGUGCGCAGCGUCCUCGGCUUCGUCAAGGUCGAGGUCGUGACGCUCCCCGAGAGCCUCGUGAAGCCCCGCCUCAACUCCCUGCUCUCCAACCUCCUCGUCUGGAGCCACGAGCACAAGGCACACUUCAAGGCGAAGGUCAAGCACAUCGUCGAGCGCAUGGUGCGCAAGUUCGGCGCCGACGCCGUCGAGAAGGCAUGCCCGCCCGACGACCGCAAACUCAUCACCAACAUCCGCAAGACGCGCGAGCAGCGCAAGAAGAAGAAGCUCGCCGCCGAGGCCGAUGGCGACGCCGACGAGCCCCAGCAGAAACCAAAGGGCAAGUUCGAAAGCGAGUACGACCAAGCGGUCUACGGCUCCGAGAGCUCGGAAGACGAAGGCGACUCCGAAGACGAGUUCGUCAAGAACAGGCAGAGUGCCAACGCCGGCGGCAAGAAGGGCGGAAAGACGUACAUCAUCGAAGACGAGGACGAGCCCCUCGACCUGCUCUCCAAGAAAGCACUCGGAAACAUUUCCUCUACGAAGCCUCUCCGCCAGCGCAACGCCCCGGCCAAACUCACAAAGGCGAAGCGCAACGAGGACGGCAAGCUCAUCCUCGGCGACGACGAUUCCGACGACGGUGCUGCAAAGGGCAAGAAGGGCGGCCGCGGAAACGAUGAUGACGGUGAUGUGUUGAUGGAUCUCGACGAUGCAGCGGCCGGAGGAAGCCUCGAGGACGGCAUCAACGCGUACGUGGAAGCUAUCCGCGGCAAGGACGCCGCACAGAGGGGCCAGCGAGGCAAACUCAAGUUCAGCAACAAGAGGAGCGCUGGCGGAGACGACGAUGACGACGAUAUGGACGUCGACGAUGACAAGGCGGCCAGGAAGGCGAGGUCCGGAAGCGGGAUGUGGAAGAGCUCCGGCGGCGGACGCGGUGGCGGCAAUCAACCUCACAGGCGGGCGCUCGGCGCUGAGAGGUCGAGAGGUGGAUUCGGCGGAGGAGGUGGUGGUGGAUUCGGUGGUGGCAGAGGCGGUGGUGGUAAUGGACGGGUUAACAAGCCUAAGAGUCCUAGGGGAAGGGGCAGGGGCGGAGGCGGUGGAUGGGGAGGUCCUUCGAGGCGGUAGAUAUCAUGAGGACGGAAAGGAAAAAGUUAGUAGAAGAUGAUAUGAUAUCAUUUCACGAGAAGGGAGUUUGAUUCACAUUGGCGUAAGAUCUGGGAUACUUUUCACGAGAUGUUGGAGUAGAUAAAAUGAAAUGAAAGAAGUAAUUGAAAUAUGUUUGAC